UGUGAGAAGGGUCGUGUGACCUGGUGCGUUCCUCUCAUGCUGCCUCAGGUAGCCCACCCUCACCCGGCCUGUUCCUCUUACCUGAUGUGGCUCGUAGUGGUUGUAACUCCAUGAAUGACCACAAGUGUAGAGCCUGUAUCACUAUGAUCAAAGUUUCCUCAGCACACAAUAUAAACUGUUACUGAAUAAUAUUAAUAUUAAUAAAAAAAAGAACUGUAGAGGUUGGUGUAAAUAUUGUCCAUACAAAAUAUUUAUAUAUAACAACAGGAAUAAAAGUGGAAAUACUAUAGAGAAACAAAACAUUCACACACAUGAUAGUGUAGAAAAAUUAUAUUCUCUAACAGGUUAAAACUGCCGUAUAAAAGAACAUGAUGGGCAAGUGUGGGGUAUGUGGUGGUGUGUGGGGGUUGAUGGAGGGUGUGGGGGUGACGGUGCUCAGCUUGGUGCUCACAAUCAACACAGUGUGGUGUUCAGCACAGACCACCACAGCUGCACACACCAAUGACGUCCUUUCACGCUAUCCUGGACAAGAUGAUUAUGUCAGUCCGACAAAAUCUGUGUGGGUUACGGAAGGGGGCGUGGCUGACCUACCCUGUAACCUGACCUCGCCUUUGCCCGCUGACCCCGCCCUUCUGGUUCUCUGGUAUAAGGACGGCAUUACCAAGCCCAUCUACAGUUACGAUAUGAGGAACGAGGGUAAAGCCAAACACUGGAGAAACCCCUCACACUUCGAGAACCGCGCCUCCUUCCUCACCGCCUCCCUCAGGAUACAGAGAGUUCACUCCGGGGAUGAGGGAACAUACAGAUGUAGGGUCGACUUCCGCACCAACCCGACCCUCACCUUCACCACCAACCUUACUGUUAUCGUGCCGCCUCGACGCCUGGCGAUCUACACAGAUCUGGGCGUGAUGGCUCGCAGCGUGGUGGGACCGUUCACUGAGGGUGACACACUCCGCCUCACCUGCCGUGCCAGAGGGGGGUCGCCGCCCCCUAGAGUCACCUGGUGGGAGGGGGCCUCCCUCCUUGACCUCUCCUCGGAGGUGAGGGACGUCCAAGAGGUCAGUAACCUACUAGUGGUGCCGGCACUCUCUCGUGAUGACCUGCGUCGUGCCUUCACCUGCCAAGCGUCCAACUCCAACAUAACAGCACCAAUCCUCUCCACCGUCACCCUCGACAUGCACUUUCCGCCGUUGUGGGUUCGUCUCCUCAGUAGUCGGGACGCGCUGAGUGCUGGCUGGCCUUACAGUGUGGUGUGCCAGACCGCAGGUGCCAGGCCCUCAGCGGUCAUCACCUGGCGCCUCGGCAACACCAAGCUCAUCACUCACACUGAGAAGACGAGUGACGAGGGGAACGUGACGACGAGUGAGCUGAGAUGGACGCCCAAAGCUGAGGACGUGGGGAAAGCCCUCUCCUGCCACGCCCACUCCCCUGCCCUCUCCUCCACCCAGCCCUUGGUGGAUGAGUGGCCCCUCAAUAUAUACUACGUACCCAUUGCAACCCUUCAUCCCGGCCGCUCCGUCAAUCUUAGUAACAUUGAAGAAGGAGAUGACGUUUACUUCGAGUGCUCCAUCGAGGCCAACCCCUGGGUCUACAAGAUCAUCUGGCUUCAUGAGGGGGAGGAGCUGCAUCAUAACGUGUCUGCUGGGGUGAUCAUCAGCAACCAGAGUCUCGUUCUCCAGGGUGUGGCCAAGACGGCGUCAGGAAACUACUACUGCGUUUCCUCCAAUAUACAAGGCGACGGUCACUCCAACCCAGUACGACUCAAGGUCAAGUACACCCCCGUAUGCCGUAAUAAUAAGAUGACCUACCACGGCGCCGCCAGGUACGAACAGGUCAACAUCCCUUGUGAUCUGGACUCAUAUCCCACCCCGACGGCCUUCCGCUGGACCUUCAACAACAGCGGGGAGAGUGUUGACAUUUCCCAGGACCAUAUUCUGGUGGCUGGGUCUCGGUCGACAGUGAGCUACACGCCCAACACAGAGCUUGACUACGGGACGCUGCUCUGCUGGGGCAUCAAUUCUGUAGGCCAGCAGCGACACCCCUGUAUCUUCCAUGUCUUCCCUGCAGGUCACCCUGAUCCAGUACACAACUGCUCAGUGUACAACCUAUCAGUGACUGUGGUGAACGUGCGCUGUGUGGCCGGGUUCGACGGUGGGCUGCCUCAGACUUUCAUCCUGGAGUUGUACCAGCCAGGGGUCGAUCACCUCCUAGCCAACGCGUCCAGUCUGGUUCCAGUCUUCACGGUGGGGGGGCUGCCCCCCGGCAUGACCUUCAGGGCCCGGGUGUACUCCUACAACAAUAAGGGCCGUGCCGAGACCCUCUCCCUCCACGUCUACACUAUCAAAGACCUCGCCGAAAAACGCACAGCCGCAGUAAAGCCGUCGCCGCCACCCGAGAAGCAACAGAAGGAGGAGCUGCUGGUGCAACCCAUCGUCGCCGUGGUGGUGGGCGUGCUGGGCGGCCUCCUGCUAGUGGUAGGUGUCAUCUGCGCCCUCGUUAGGCUCCAAUACGGGCGGAGGAGCAGACAGUGUGGACGGGCGGAAACGCAGGAUCCAUUAAGCGGCGAGGAGGACACCAAAAUCUCCCCCACAACCCUCAAGGACGUGGCUCCUCCCUCAGCUUCUUCAGGAGCAGAGUCUUGGGUGGUUGGAAGCGUCACCACCAUCAGUUCCGCUUCACUGCCCACCACUUACGCCUCACUACCCAGGCCCUCACACCUGUCCACUCCUGCUAAUUACCAGCAGUGUGGUGGAGACGACAUGCAAUACAAUGAACUGAGGCUAGGUGGCACCGUCCCCGCCGCCGCCCCACACGACCCCAUCACACACACACUUCUCCCCCACAACCCCAACAUACAGCCCCUCCGUGACCCCUCCACACACACCCAAAGUAUUCAUCCUCACUGCCCCAACACACAACCCAAAACGCCCACACACACGACCCAGCACCACGACCCUCACAUAGUGGCUCAUGGCAACUUAGACGACAACCACUGCCACACCCACUACCCACCUCCUCACCAGCAGCUCUCCGCCUACCCACACCAAUCUACCGUCAUCCCUUCGCCCACCCACACCGUCCACCAAUCUGCGCCCCCUCAUUCUGGACACCCACAACAAGCCUCCUGGACGCCCUCGUCUGCGUCCAUAGGGCGGAGGCACUCCCUCAGACGAGACCCUCAUCCCUGUGACACCGAGGCGACCGUCCCCCUCAUGAGCAACCAGAAGGAGAGCUCAGUGUGAGAUGAGUUGAGGACUGAGUGAGGAGCUCGUCAUCAUGCACCAGGCCACAGGGUGAAAGUUACACACACCCGAAACUUUGGCCACGUUAAGCUGUUUGUUGUUGUGGGUCCUCGAGAGGUGUGUGGUGGUGAAACUAUUACUGACUUGUUCUGAACAUUAUAGGAACUGUACUGUACUUCUUACAAUAGCUCAGAUUCAUUACUGGACACAUAUUGUACUUGAUGUAUUGAGGACACUGAUAAUUGACUUUAAGAUACCUGAUAAAUAUAUUGCUCAGGUAGUUGUCAACAUUUUGUAAACAAUAGCGACCCGCUGGCUCCUUGGUGAACCUGUUACGUGCCUUGUUGAGGAACACCGCUGAACAUUGACACGGAGUAAGGCAGAAAAAACUAAGACGACGAUUCUACAAUAGAAAGAAUAUUGUGUUAUCUUAAGUUAUCAUCGACGGACAUGACAAUCAUACUUAUGGUCGUCACCUCAUUUUUUAUAUAUGGUACUGCUGUUGCUGUGAUAUAUAUAUAUAUUUAUAUAUAUACACCUGUGUACGCUUAGCGCCUCUCUGUGCUCCCUCUGACCCUCGUAACUGGCAGUCGUGUCCCGUGCAUCACUGCCUCAAGACAUUUCAUUUGGUUGGAAUUACGACUCAUAUAUCAUUCAAUUGUAAGUUUAAGUAUAUGACUGACAAGGUGACAAAAUAUAAUGUUGGAACAGACGAUUGAUAGAUUUGUGUGUGUGUGUGUGUGUGUGUGUGUGUGUGUGUGUGUGUGUGUUUAUAAAGUAUUUGGUAUUUGAUUGACAACUUUAAAAAAUGGUGGAGAACUCGUCAAAACUUGUUACAGGUGUCUGUGGGAGGAGAGUAUAAAAGCGUAAGAAUAACAGGAAGUAAAAAUAAUGAAAACUGAAGACGACUAAAAGUUAGUUAUAUUUGUUGUCUCUAUUGAAAGGUAUGAAUGACGGAAUUAAAAAGAAUGUGGAGUUUAUACACAGAAGAGACAUAAAAGUUUGAAGUUUUUACAUGGCUACGAGAUGUUGCUCCCUCACACUGCCUCGUGAUGUCAAGCAGCCAAUAACAACAGCGCUCCAAGACACUUCCUAAGACUUCAAGACACGGACUGGGUAUCCUGUAUGACCACAAUGACCAAAUAAAAGAAAAUAAUAAAUUAGGAAAUUAUUUAUCGAACGUCAUCUUUGGGUAUUAUAUAAUUUUCGGCAAGUGUGAAAAAGAAAGGAUGUCACUGAAGAGGUUGGUGUAGAGGUGAGACUAGCAUGGAUAGAGCUUCAACACCAACUGGCUAAUUAAGCGAACAGUGGAAAGCAAUAGAAGAAGAAAGGAGAAAAACGUAUGAUAAAAGAGAAAUGAGAAGAAAAGGAAAGAGAAGAAACUGAAGAUAAUUGCCCUAAAGUUCGCCAUUUUUCAAGAUUUACAGAAUUCUAAAUAUUAGAAUUUAUGUUUCUGGAAGUGAUGUUCCCGGGUAAUUUAUUUCAAACUUAUCAUUGUUCCUAAUGGUUCCUUGCAGACCAAUUACGCUUUCUAAUUUCGGUUUUAAUUCACUGAAACCAUUCAAAAGUUUCCAAGAUUAUGCUUGAUUUUUUUAUUUACAAUUUACCGGAAUUAUUAUAGCUAGCAGAACAUUCUUUAAUAUUCCAUGUCAUUUACCGAGAAGUUAAUAGCCAGAAAGUUACUGAAGCUUCAAGAGUUAAGCGAGUCACUAGUUAUUAAAAAGUACAGUGUUGCCAGAACCUCGUUGAUGCUUCAGGUGAGAGCACACACGCAACACGGACGGAAGACAUGAACUGUAUCGACAAGUGGUCUCCUCUGCUCCAGCGAGGAAGUGAGAAUGGUAAAGGAAGAAUGUGCUCGUUUGAGAAAUGAUUAUUCCUAUAACUACUCUGACUAAGACAUCUUCCCUCUAUCAACUCGUUUGUUAGGAGAACUACUACCCGCAGCUCAGACGGUCACUGGGUUCUUUAUCCGUCUUUCGCCUGUCUUAUUUAGUUAUUCCUGCUGAGACAUCUUCCUUCAAUCAACGACGCCCUGAUCCACUUGCCAGCUUCUCAACCCAUUAAUUCCCUCACUCGACUUCUGUCACUAACUUUAUGAUUCCUUCACAAUGUUUUAAGUCAGAAAGAAUGGGAUACCUGUACCAAUUACAUAAUAACAAUGAGGUUAAAACUACUUAACCAGUUUAAAUACUGAAUAUAAGAGCAUUCAAUAGAUGACUUCAGAACCUUACAUCCACACCCACCCAUAGUAAGGUUGGGACUAUUCAUCCAAUCACAUAACGAGUCUAGGAUCUCUCAUCCAAUCACCAAAUGAGGUUAAAACCACUCAAUCAGCCAUUCAGUGGCUCUUCCCCCUGAUCGAUAAAUUCAGAUCCACUCGCCCAAUCGGCCGCGACCUGUGAGGCUCAGGAGGAGGACGACUCUUACCCGCUGCUCAAACUUUGACGUAAAUUACGUUUCGAUAUUUCUAGUCAACACGACAGGAAUAAUUUAAGAUAUUACUGUCAGUGUUAUUCUCUGUCGCUGAACAAUGUUACUAAUGAUUAUGAUGUAAACAUUGUUCCUGACAACUGUUCUAGAUGGUAACUAUUUAUUGUGCUAUUCUGUUGAAUGUUUGUACGAAUGUUCUUGCUGAGGUAACUAACGGCGAUCAAUGUUUCUUACACAACAAGAACAGGAUGAUCUAAUAUGUCUUCCGUGAAGACUAUAAUGUUUUGUAAGUCUUUGGAGUUUGUGGAUGUUUAAGGUGUUACAUUGGGAGGUGGGAGUUGUCGCCAUACUGUUGUUGGAACUGUGUGUGUGUGUGUGUGUGUGUAUGUGUGUGUGCGUGUGUGUGUGUGUGCAUGUGUGUGUGCAUGUGCGUGUGUGUGUGUGUGUGCGUGUGUGUGUGCGUGUGCGUGUGUGUAAAUAGGACAAUCAUGAAUCUUUGACACUAAAACUUGAUCCGGCUCUAAUCCUUACGCCCAUUAAAACACACACACACACACACACACACACACACACAGUUCCGAAAAAGUAUCGUCAAGUCUGUACCACUAAUAUGUCUCAGUAUCUGUUUUUGGAGAAUGAGAAGUCACUGGACGGUAUUCCUCAGGUGUACCCGGCAGUGUGUGUGUACCUCCUUACUUUGCUGUAACCUGAUGUGUUGUUUUAUUUCGGGAAUGUUAUAACAAGACGGACUAACAGUUACCAGCCGUCACCUACACGUGUGAUCUGACGCAAUGAGAGUAACAGUGUACAGUAUUGAGAAAUUAUAGUAUGUUGCCUGUCAGAGCUGACACUGAUUGACGCGUCUGUCUGUUAUGGGCGACAGUAACUGACACAUGUGCUGUGAGUCUACAAAACACAGCGGUGCCUAGACUGGCUGUUGCUGUCUCCAGAACACAGAUGUGAGUGAUAGGUCGGGAACCUAUAAACACGACGUGAUCAAUGAGUCAACUUUAGGCUUCAACUUUAACUGUUGAAGGAAGUUGACCAGAAGUUGACCACUAAACAGCAGACGGUGGCAGCCUCGACUCUCCAGUAUUGUUUAGUUCGCUGUAAGACAUUACGUAUCUAUUGCUGUUGUACUGAACCUUGGUCGUGUUGCAGAUGAUAAUAAUAACUAGUAUUUUUUAUCAAGAAUUAACGAAGUGGAAAUGAAAGAGAAAUUAUGAACGAAUUAUUUCGCUAUAAUUUUCUUCCUGACGAAAGGAACAGUACUUUGUGAGACUGAUAUAUUGUCAGGAUUUUUAAACCCUUAACCUAGAAAUUUUAUUUCCAAUUUUACGAAGAGCAUCGUGUGAUAUUCGUAGUUAUUAUCACGUUAGGGAAAAUAUUGUAUAUCAUGAACAGAAUUUAUUUUAACAAAAGAAUAAGAAUGUAUUUUGCGAUUUUACUAUUACGAUAUAUACCACAAAAGCCACAUAUUGUUCUAUUUUUUCUUUUGUAUAAUUAUUUAUGAAUCUAUUGUCAAGAUAUAAGAAAAUUAACUAAUUAAAUAUUUAUUAUCUUUCCACAAACUUUUAAGUAAACUUUGGUGCUGAUAAACUGGUGGACACAAACUGUCGAGAGAACAAUGUAAGUAUCGGCGUCUUUUAUUUAUUUAUUAUUAUUUAUUUUGUUUUUUUCUGACUAGAGCAAAAUGUGAUAUUCCUAAGGUGUUAGCCUCAGUGAUGAAGGUAAACUUGGGCGGCAAGAGACGGCCGACCCGCCUCUUGCCGCCCUAACAACAUACCUGUAUAGAAAUUCCAUUCCAGCUGGAUUCUCAUUCAAGUUUGAUUCUCAUUCCAGUUGGAUCUCCAUUCCCGUCGGAUUCCAUUCUGUUUGGAUUCCUAUUCAGUUGGAUAUUUAUUCCACUUGGAUUAUCAUUCCAGUUGGACUUAAUUCCAGUUGGAUCCUCAUUCCAGAUGGAUUUCCAUUUUAGCUCUGUGUCUUUCUCCGACACACAGAUUUUGUACAUCUGUAUUUUGUAUAAUAAACCAUUGUCUUUUA